AUGAAAUGUGUCUGGUCUAAUUAUUCUGCUUCAUCAUGUGACGGAAUUGUUAAUAUAUUUAAAGUGAUGUUUCCUAAAAUAAUUCCAGAUGAGUUUUCUCUUGGCAAAAGUAAAUUUGGGUAUUAUGUAACUGAAGCUCUAGGCCCAUACUUCAGAAAACAGUUGCUGGCAGAUGCAAGCAAUGCUUAUUAUUCAUUACAUUUCGAUGAGACAACCAACUCUGCUGAUUUUAAAGAGUUGCAAGUUUCUAUACAAUAUUGGUCAGAACAUGAAGAAAAAAUUUUAUUCAAACAUCUAGAAACUUUUUUUAAUGGGAAAGCUACAGGUGAUAUUUUAGCAGAUAACCUUUUAAACGCUUUGAAAAAUGCAGAUUUGCCCCUUACAAAAUUACUUAUGUUGGCAAGGGAUGUUCCUAAUGUCAACAAAAAAGUCCAGUCUAUAAUAAAUGAAGUUGUACGAAAGAAACGAGGGACAUCUUUGCUUGAUAUUGGGUCAUGUAAUUUGCAUAUUGUACACAAUGCCUUUCGCAAGGGGUUAGAAACAUUUGGAGCUGAUAUUGGUGAUAUGGUAAUAACUGUGAAUGCAUUUUUUGAUGGAUGGCCAAGUCGUCAAAAAGCUUUCUUGGAUGCACAGAUGAAAUUCAACGUACCACAGCAUUGUUUUGUAAAACACAUUAACUCUAGAUGGCUUACCCUGUCUACUGCUGCAAAAAGACUUCAAGAGCAAUGGCCGGCAUUGGAGCAGUUUUUUCUUUGA